AUGGAUAUUCGCGACUCGCAGCUCCCUGUGUUUCCCCAGCUUGCUCGACACUAUUCAACGUCUUUGCAGCAACUCGCAACUCCGUACCGAGCAAUGAGGCAGACAUGGGACCUCUCGAGGCAGAGGCACGGACAGGCGUGCACGCACAGUCGCUCCGCUGCGAGUCGCAACUCCAUUCGAGUCGAGCGCCGGCCAAGGAACGUGCCGCUGUGCUACGGCGCCAUCUUAUCGGCGGCUGACAGCCAAAAGUCGAAGGCGGCACCACUAGAGCCUGGAGAAGUCGCAGAGCAGCGGAGCGGAACCAGUCCAACUGGCAUCUUGUUAUUACCCCACGAAACGCUUUCGUUGAAAGUGAAUAGUGCAAUCCCACGAAGCGAAGCUUCACCAUUUCCGGCAAAGCCAACCCCAACCAAGCUUUCGCACUUGAUUCGGCCAGGAACACCGAACAGCGAACCAGCAACAAGCUUGCGCUGCGGCAGUCGUGCUGUUGUGCAGAUGGUGGUGGGCUUCAACAAUCACCUAGCCAGCCAGCCCAGCGAUCCUCCCGCAGAUGAUGCUCAGCGUGACCGGGGAGACCUGUUCUUGUCUCUCUAUAGCCGUACGAAUGUCGCGCAAUCAUUUUACAGAUCCUACCGGUUAUCUCGGACGAGACAGGGCGGUUAUGCGCAUCAGGGCUCACUCAAGACCCAACCCCCAUCAAGUCUGAACAACCUAUCCAACAUUGUUAGAUCUCCAAUCAUCAUACUUUAUUGUAGGUACGCCUAUCAACUCGUCUCAUCUCAUCGCACCGCACCAGAACUCAACAACACACCGUCACUCGGAUCAUCACCCCCAACCCUCCCCCACCCCCUUUCCACAACCCUUCGGGCCUUCACCCAAGCUUCAAGCAAUUUCCAUACACAUCAUACACAUCACUCCCCAUCCAGUGCCUCACAUUUCGGUCCGUACCUUAUUGGCUUUCCUGACUCUACGUACACCCUCUCUCUCUCUGUUCCCAAGCUCCCGCUCAAACAAAACGCGACAGACGGAUACUUUGGAGAGAUUCUCAGCAUCAAUGUCAAAGGUGCCAGCGCAGCGGACCUUCUCUGUUGCUCUGCAGUUACCAAGACCGCACCAGGCGGCGGGUUGAAGCUCUUCCGUUUCAACCGCACUAUUCUUUGCCCCCCAUCUGCCACAAAUGGCUCCAUUGACUGGACACGGCCGAUCUUCUCUUUCAGGGUCCGACGGUCGACCCAACCGGGCCAACCCCAGAUGGAUGCUACACGGUUACACUACCACCCACGCUACCACCUUCUGCCGAUAAUACCUGCCCUGCAAGCUCCUGGGGAAGCCAAAGGCGAGCAACAAGUGGAUAGUGGGAACACUUGUGACUCUUGCGUCUCUACCUGCCCUCCGCUAUUCGCUCUGUGCCAGCCACUACGGUGCGAAGGCCCGGAUGGGAGGGGAGGGACGUGGGUAGGUAGCUAUGGGACGUGGAUGAUGGCACGGGGCGGGUGUGUGGGCAAUCUGGACGACCAUCCACUUGGACCUUGGACCGGUCUAGCCUGCACAGCUCUAGCCUGCCCGUGCUGCAUUUCUCGGCGCAUCUUGUUGACUGUACGUACGGCGCGGUUGACCCCCAAGGUCCCUUGCUCGAUGUACAUCUACACAGUAGGUAUUGCUUCCAAAGUUCCCUGUCUCGCCUUGCUUGACGGCGCGACGGGGUACCUCUUCACCGCAAAGCUAAGGAUAGACACUCCCACGUUUCUUGUCUUGCCCAGGCACUACGUAGCCCACCAUCGUCUCUCCUGUACCAGUCAGGGCUCGAUGCUUGAGCAUCAUCAGUCUGACCAAGUUCCGAUUGCGAUUGCGCUUACGACCGAGUUCUGCCCGUCCUCCCUUGACGGCCAUCCUUCCACCUAUUUAGCUUUCUGGCUCUCGGCCUCUCUUUUCCCGUCUUACAACAGCACACUCACCACCUCUCAACCUCCAGACUGA